AUGAACGACACUUUGAAUACGACUAGUAGCAUCAUCGAUUACACACAAACAAACAGUACCAAUGAGCCGACGAUACAAAAUUGUCAGGCUGAUCUGCCGAUCGUUUCUCUGGUUACACAGAUUCUUUACUCGAUCGUUUGCAUUGUUGGUUUACUUGGAAAUACUUUGGUGAUAUACGUUGUCUUACGUUUUUCAAAGAUGCAGACAGUAACGAACAUGUAUAUCGUUAACCUUGCUAUAGCAGAUGAGUGUUUCUUGAUAGGUAUACCUUUUCUCGUAACAACAAUGAGUACGAGAAGCUGGAUCUUUGGGAAAGUAAUGUGUAAGAUCUAUAUGACGACAACGAGUAUAAAUCAAUUCACCAGUAGUAUCUUCCUCUUUAUUAUGAGUGCCGAUCGUUACAUAGCCGUUUGUCAUCCUAUAUCUUCUCCGAAAAUGCGAACACCCUGUAUAUCCAGGGUAGUCUCUUGUACCGCUUGGGCUAAAAGUGCAAUCUUUAUGAUACCAGUAUUUCUUUAUGCAAACGUAAUGGAGUCACCUAAGGGUAACAGCUGUAACAUUUAUUGGCCGGACGAUCGCGGUGGUCAAACAGCUUUCACUCUUUAUACUUUCAUUCUGGGUUUUGCCGUUCCGUUGAUCCUUAUAUUGAUCUUUUAUUUCUUGGUAAUUAGAAAACUUCAAACGGUAGGACCAAAAAAUAAAUCAAAGGAGAAAAAACGUUCUCAUCGUAAAGUAACCAAACUAGUCUUAACUGUCAUCACUGUUUAUGUUUUUUGUUGGCUACCUUAUUGGCUGAUGCAAGUAGCUUUGAUUUAUACACCCCCGAAACAAUGUCAGUCAAGCAUCAGUAUCGCUAGCUUUUUGUUGGCUGGAUUUCUUAGCUAUAGCAACAGUGCUAUGAAUCCGAUACUCUACGCUUUUCUUAGUGACAAUUUUAAGAAAAGCUUUUUGAAGGCUUGCACUUGUGCAGCAGGUAAGGACGUGAAUGCGACACUGCACAUUGAAAACAGUGUAUUUCCACGAAAGAACAAAACAAACGCUGAGAAGAUCCAAUCCAAUCGUCAUGUAAUUUCGGGACAAUCGAAACUUGAGUUGGAAGAUGAGGACGCUGAGAGAGGUUUGUUGGUCAGUAAAACUUCGACUACAACCGUGACGAUGACAUCACGAUCAAAUAUCACGGUGACCAGUGAAAAUAAUCGAGAUCACUCUAAUAAAGAUAAGGAAGGCUUAAAGAAUGGAGCACAGCUCACUCUGCUCACACAAGUUUAA